AUGUCCCUCCAUCCUUACUGGGUCCCCCGCAGAGUCUGGAAUGCCAUCGCCGCCGAGGAUUGGAGUCCCAUGACCGCCGAAGCUGAUGUCUCGAAACUGCCCCGACAUAACGACGACAAUGGUUCUAAGAAGAAAAAUGACGGGGAAGAAAAAAACGACGACGACGAAGGCAACUGGAGAACUCGCGAUCUAGAACGGACCGGAGUGGCCGCUAGCUGUCGUGCCACUGGUCGGGCGAGCGCUCGACAGCUCGUUCGCCCCAGAGUCCGUCUAGGUCGACUUGAUGACUUGUUCGAUGCGGUCGUCGACGCGAAUAUAGAACUCGUCGGACUUGGGCAAUUCGGAAAGCAAGGAGGCCGUCGUGGUCAUGGCCAGGUUGCCGCUGCUGAGUUGCACGCCCAUGGCGUGUUUGGGUAUAGGACGCGCCUGGGCGGUGCCGCUACAGCAAAGGGCUGCGAGGAGGCCGACUGUCGAAAACGUCGUCUUCAUCUUGUCGAAUCGUCUGUAGGUGGAUGCUUGCCGCUUGCAAACUGGGAGUUGGGAGCUGCGCUGGGGGUUUUCCUGCUUUUGGAAGUUUGA